GCGAGUGUGAGCUGAGUGUGUGAGCUGUGUCAGUAACAAUGCCUUCAGUUCAGUAUCUGAGAAAACCGAGACGUUAAAGAGGAACUAAAGGCAACACUCGUGUACUUCCGGAACCUCACCGCGUGACACAGGCGGAAGUAAACAAAGGAAAGGCGCCAUUAUCGUCUUACGUGUGUGUGCCUGAGCACAGAGACUGUUGUGCUGUGUGUGUGAGCUGUGUCAGCAACAAUGGCUUCAGUUCAGUAUCUGAGAGAGUUUAUCAACGAGCGACUAACUGCUGCUGCUGAACAAAUAUUCUUGGAGUUUGAAAAAACGAUCGUCCAGUACGAGGAAGAGAUCGACCGUCAGCGCAGACUGCUGGAUAUCACCUGGAAACCGGAAAUCAAGCUGCACACAGCAGACCUCCAACAGCAACACAUUUUUAAGGAAGAGGAGGAUCUCACUAAUCAGGCACUCCAGCCAAGUGUGGACCAAGAGGAACCAGAACCUCCACAGAUUAAAGAGGAACAGGAGGAACUGUGCAGCAGUCAGGAGGGAGAGCAGCUGGGACUGAAGGAGGAGACUGAUACCUUUAUGGUGACUGCUGCUGAGGAAGGAGAGCACAGUGAACCAGACAGAGAGAGGCAACUCCCUCACAGCUGUCCUGAAACUUACACCCAGGAACAGGAAGGAAGCAAGAAAGUAGAUCCAGGAUCAACUGGAAAUACGAACAGGGGAGCCAAUAACAAUGCUGAAGACUGUCCCAUUUCAGGGAGUCAAUGUAAAACUGAAACAGGUAAAAAGUCUUUAAAAUGUGAUGUUUGUAGAAAAAGCUUUAAGAAAAGUUUCCAAAUAAAAGAGCAUUACAGAAUCCACACUGGUGAGAAGCCACAUUCUUGUGAAAUAUGUCAGAGAAGUUUUUCUCAUAGGAGCAAUCUGUUGCGCCACAUGAGAAUCCACACGAAAGAGAAGUUACAUUCCUGCCAGACAUGUGGAAAAACCUUCAGUCAGAACAGUCAUCUGCUGGUUCACAUGAGAAUCCACACAGGUGAGAAGCCGUAUCCUUGUCAAACCUGUGGGAAAAAGUUCACAUGUAGUAGUCAUUUGUCAGUGCACUUAAGAACACACACAGGUGAGAAACCUUUUCAUUGUAAAAGCUGUGGGAAAAUGUUCACACGAAGCAGUAAUUUGCUGGAGCACAUGAGAACGCACACAGGUGAGAAGCCGUAUCCUUGUAACACAUGCGGGAAAAAGUUCACAUGUAGUAGUCAUUUGUUAGUUCACAUAAGAACUCACACAGGUGAGAAACCAUAUAUUUGUAAAAUCUGUGAGAAAAUGUUCACACGUAAAAGUGUUUUGUUGCGCCACAUGAAAACUCACACAGAUGAGACGCCAUAGUCUUGAAAUUGUUCUAGAGAAGACAUCCAAAGCGACUCCAAACUAGGAAAAAAAGGGAUUCAUGGUUAGUGUUAUUAUUAUUCAAGGUUUAUUAGAGUGCACUCCAACUGUGAUCAUGUGAGUUUUGUUCCAUCUGUGUCACACUUCACUGCCAUCAUGAGGAUGAAAAAAAAACUCCAAAUUAAAAACAUAAUGAAUAUUAAAAUGAUCUCAUUGCCAACUGGAUACAAGUCAUAUUAUGAACAUUUUUUUUCCAACUCUCAUAUGUAACAAAAGCAGAAUAAAGAUGUCCAGCAUGUUGUUGUAAAAGACUCUGUAUAAAAAAAAAAAAAGAAAUAAAAUGUAUUUUUAAUGAUGAAA